AUGAAGGCAGUAUAUACAUUAUUAUUCACCUUAACUGUCUUAACAGCACUGUGUUCUGCCAAACCUAGUAUUACCAAAGCAAAUCUUCAUGGUUCCCUUCGAGUGAAGAGACAAGCCAUCAUGAUGAGAGGGUUGUGCCCAGUCUACCAAGCAAGAUUGAUAAGAAAGUGUAUUUCUUGUGACAGGUUUGAAGAAAUAACUGGUAAGAACUGUCCCGGGGACCCUAAAUAUUUCCGAAGACCUAAAAAAAGCGGCAAUGAACGAAAUGGAACAAGAAACAUUAAGCGACUGAAUGCAUUUCCCUAA